CAAAAGACAUGUUUGCCCUCAAGAUGGCCUUUGCUUAAUUUCGGACAGGCACGAGUCUAUCAAAAAUGCCUACGCUAGACAAGGCAGUGGUUGGACACCUGAGAAUUCAGUGCAUGUAUUCUGUAUUCGCCAUAUAGCUCAAAACUUCAUGAGGCAUUUCAAGAAUACAGAACGGAAAAAAUUAAUCAUCAAUAUGGCUUAUGGGAUGACUGAGCCAAGAUUCAAUUACUACUACAACACGCUAAGGAGCGAACCAGAAACUGAAGGUGUAAUUGAAUGGCUCAACACCAUACCAAAAGAACAAUGGACUCUUGCAUGGGACGGUGGCCGACGAUGGGGACACAUGACUACUAACUUGGCUGAGGCAAUUAACUCCAUUCUUAAAAAAACAAGAAAUUUGCCAAUUUCUGCAAUCAUCAUGUCGACUUAUAAGAGAUGUAAUGCCUUAUUCAUCCAAAGGGGGAAGGAAGUCGAUGCUAAACUUAGGGCUGACCAAGUUUAUACGGAAAUAAUGAAUAGGGCCAUGAGAGAUGCAGAAUCAAAGGCUAAUACUCAUCAUGUCCUCGAAUUUGAUCGUCACAGUACACGUUUUUUGGUGCAAGAGACCAUUAACCCAAGGGAAACACGACCUACUGGAACUUUCACGGUUAGACUACAUGACAACUGGUGUGACUGUGGAAAAUUCCAAAAGCUACACAUGCCAUGCUCCCAUGUUGUUGCUGCAUGUAAGCAUGUUCACCACGAUUAUAAAUCUUACAUAGAUCCGGUAUACACAUUACAAUAUGUUUCAAAUGUGUAUAACGAAUUAUUUGGUGAACUGCCUAAUGAAUCUUAUUGGCCGGAUUGUGAAGAACCGCAAAUCAUACCAAAUCCGGAAAAGAUUAGAAAUAAAAAAGGUCGUCCAAAGUCAUCCAGAAUAUGCACUGAAAUGGAUAUGGUUGAACCAGGACAACCAAAAAGAUGUUCUCUCUGCAGAAAUGUAGGUCACUCAAAGAAAAAAUGUCCUUACCGUCAAGGAAGUUCAAGUCAUCAACCUUAAAAUGUCAUCAAACCUUCCAAAUAUUGUAUUUUGUUUUCUAGUAUUUUAUAUAAAUAUUUUAUCUUUU